AACACCAUUUAUAAAAAUGACAUCAAAAUAUUGUGCAUGCAUAUUUCAUUUCAAACGGCGCAACGUUUACGUGUUAAGAUAUACGAUCCAGAGAAUAAACGUUUUGAGCCACCAUACCCUGAAAUACCAAUACUUAAAUUAAAUAAUACUAUUGAACCAUUAGURUCUGACUAUAUUGUAAAAUUAUCCGAUAAUAAUGUUGGAUUUGCAGUUCUAAGGAAAAUUGAUAAUUUAACCAUAUUUGACAGUCGAAAUAUUGGAGGUUUCAUUUAUUCUGAUCAGUUUAUUCAACUCUCAGCAUUAUUACCGACCAAAUAUAUAUAUGGGUUAGGUGAACAUAGAUCUAAUCUCAUGCUUGACAUGAAUUGGAAAACAUAUACUUUUUUCAACCACGAUAGUCCUCCGACAAAUGAUAUGAAUGGAUAUGGUUCACAUCCAUUUUACUUAAUGAUUGAAAAAUCAGGAAAAAGCCAUGGAGUUUUUUUAUUCAACAGUAAUGCUAUGGGUAUGAAAUAUUUUCGUUCGCGACGGUCAGGCCGAGGCGCAGAAAUAAACCACGCCCAUGCGCACAGCUCGGCUGCCGAGGUCCGAUCUCAUAUUGAACAGAGUAUAGACAUGAAUGAACCAUCAAAUUUUGUGGAUGGUGAUUGGGAAGGUUGCUUAUUUACCAACUCUAGUAAUUGGGAAAAUCCACAAUAUACACCUAAUGUUGCYGGUGGAAAAUUAAAUUAUAAAACUAUUUGCAUGUCAGCAAAUCAGCACGCUGGACUUCAUUAUAAUUUACAUAAUCUUUAUGGAUUUUCAGAAGCAAUAACAACUCAAUUUGCAUUAUCAGUUGUUAAAAAUUCAAGACCAUUAGUUAUUUCAAGAUCAAGUUUUGCUGGUUUAGGACACUUUGCUGGUCAUUGGACUGGAGAUGUAUUUUCUACUUGGGAUGAUAUGAAACAAUCUAUUACUGAUAUUGUGCUAUUCAACAUGUUUGGUGUUCCACUGGUUGGAGCUGAUAUCUGUGGUUUUAAUGAUAAUACUACAGUUGAGCUUUGUUCACGCUGGAGUCAAUUAGGUGCAUUUUAUCCAUUCUCUAGAAAUCAUAAUUCUGAUGAAAGUUUUGAUCAAGAUCCUGUGGCUUUAGGACCAUUGGUUAUAGAAUCAACUAAAAAAGCACUGUUAAUUCGAUAUUCAUUACUUCCAUAUUUGUAUUCUCUAUUUUGGAGAGCUCAUAUUUAUGGUGAAACAGUUGCACGACCACUUUUCUUUGAAUAUCCACAUGASAACUGUACUUACAACAUUGAUACACAAUUCCUGUGGGGUGCUGCUCUACUAAUUUCGCCAGUCUUAAAAGAGAACCAAGUAGAUGUAGACAUCUAUUUACCAAAUGAUAUAUGGUAUGAUUACUAUUCUAAAAAAGCAACACUAAGUAAUGGAUCAAUUUUCAAUGUUGAAGCCCCUAAUGAUACUAUUCCACUUAAAAUACGUGGUGGCUAUAUUUUACCAAUUCAAGAUCCAGCUACUACUACCUCAUCUAGCCGUAAAAAUUCAUUUGGACUAUUAAUUGCACCAAACAAAUUUAAAGAAGCAUUUGGCUACUUGUUUUGGGACGACGGAGAAUCAUUAAAUGUAUGGGAAAAUGGGAUAUAUAAUGAAAUCCAUUUCAAACUAAACAAUACAAUAUUGUUAAAUGAGGUUGUCAUGAAUAAUUAUUCAGAUGAAAAGACCAUUUUACAAAAUAUUACUGUUUUUGGUAUUCAAAAUGAACCAAAAAAUAUUCAAGUAAAUGGAGCCACAUACAGUAAUUUUUAUUAUAAUACGACUGAAGAAGUCCUUUACUUUUUAUCGUUAAACUUGGACUUAAAUAUAGUUUUCAAUAUCACAUGGACUUACAUUAAAUAAUUAUUAUUUCAUAAUAUUGUUUUUUAUUUUUUUUAGGUAAAUGUAUUUUAUUUACUAGAUAGAAUAAUUAYGACGAUAUCUUAUAUAUACUUUUAAAGAAAAUCUUUUAAUAGUAAACUGAUAUAAUUUAUAUCACUUUGAUCUAAUAUUAAUCAUGUUCAUAUUUAUAAUUUUAAUGAGAUAAAUAUCGCCCUUUGUACAUUGAUUUUAUUCAAUCAUAUG